AAGCAAUGAGUGCGUUUAUAAAACAGAUUUCAAAAAGAAAUCAUCACACAACUAUGUAAGAGUGAUGAGUAAAAAUAAUUAAUUUGGACAUAUAAUUCUGGGUUAAAGAGCAUAAAAAGUAUUAAUUUAAAAACAGUAUUCAAUUUAGCGGUUGUGCAACGCGAGUUUGUUGAGCUCAGGCAUUAAAUUAAGAUUUAAUAUAAAAAAAGUAAUUUUUUAACUUGUUGCUUCAUAUCUGUCAUAGAGUAUAAUAAGUUUAAACAAUGAGGCCCUUAAAAAUAACGACUGUUGGUGACGGUGCUGUCGGAAAAACCUGUCUUUUAAUUUCAUACACACAAAAUGAAUUUCCAGAAGAAUAUGUACCAACUGUAUUCGAUAACCAUGCAUGCAAUAUAGUUGUAGAUAACAAGGAAUAUUCCCUAACAUUAUGGGAUACUGCGGGACAAGAAGAUUAUGAGAGACUGCGCCCAUUGAGCUAUCCAAAUACUGAAUGUUUUCUUCUUUGCUACUCAAUUGAUUCAAAAACAUCCUAUGAGAACGUUGCUUCCAAAUGGAGCCCUGAAAUUCGACACUUUUCACCACAUGUGCCAAUCGUGUUAGUUGGUACAAAAUCGGAUUUAAGAAUUCAUGGAUCAGAGAAGUUUGUAACAACACAAGAAGGAAAGAAACUUAAAAGUAAAAUUGGUGCUUAUACUUUAGUAGAAUGUUCAGCAAAAAAGAAGACACAUUUAAGUGAUGUCUUUGAAGAAGCCGUUCGUGCAGUAGAGAAAAAGUCUCCACAUACAAAAAGGCAUUGUAGUAUUUUAUAAGUGUUAAGGUACAAUAGAAACAAUUGCAUGAUUGUCAAUAUUUAUUGCCUACAAAACUUCCAACUCUGCAUAAAUUCCUUUUUGGAAUGAUUUUAAAAAAUAUUCUUAUAUCCAUAAGUAUUGACAAAAAAAAGGUUUAUAAGUGUAAGUGCCAUUUAAUAACAAUUUUUGGUAACAAUACAAUAUUUUUGAUAAAAAAAAAAGUAUUUAUGCAAAUAAUCAAAAUUAAACGACAAAACUUUAUCAAACCAUCAAUUAUAGAAUCCAUAUGUACAUUUUCCCUCCAUGUAUUAUUUAUUCAAGAAGAGUUAUAACUAUCCCGAGUAGCACAUGAUAUAGUCGAUGACAUGGUUUCUUCAAGGUUUCGACACUAGCACUAGGAGCUAAGCUACAUAGGGUUCUUAGGUGCUUGUUCUUUCUUUUAAAAAAAGUUGAGAAACCCUUCUAGCAAAGCUAAUCAGAUAGAUUCCACUUGAUGGAACCUCUGGGUGGCUUUCAUAUGCAACAUCGACAUUCAUAUGAAAGCUAUGCAGAUCCGCUAUCAAGUAGAAUCCAAAAAGUCUAAAUGAAUUACUCUGUGGCAAUGAGUUGAGUAAACCUAAUCGACGACUGCUUUUCAUUUGUGUCUCUCGGGCAUACAUGCAUGAAAACUAGUUUAAAAAGAAGAAACAAAUCGACUGUUAAAUAUCAAAGGAAAUAGUAGAUCCAUAAAUGAACAGAAUAAAGUCAAUAGAUACAUUUGACACAUCACGGGAAACUAUUAUGCAUGGAUAUAUCCUUUAAAUCACACAGAAACAUAAACUCCAAUUUUUGACACAUAAAAAAUUAAUGAAUUUUUAGAUAAACUAUUUGUGGCUAUAGAAUUGCCAUUUUUAAGGAAGUUUUUGAACUUUU